AAAAUCUCAGAGCACAAAAAUGGAAACUCGACAGACGACACGGCACUACACCUCACACUAAUAAUUAAUUAUUACACACUGCCACCAAAGAAAAAUCAAAAAUCAAAAAUCAAAAAUCAAAACCUUGUCUUUUUCUUUGUUUUUCUCCUUUUUCGCUUCUCAACCAUUUCUUCUUCAAUGGAAACUCGAGAUCAACUAUCUAAACCACCACAAAAUUCAGAUCCACAAAAACCCAACAACCCCAACCCUAACCCCACUGUAUCACCUUCAUCUUCUUCUUCUUCUUCUUCAAUGUUCAACAACAUUCGAGGUGGAGCCCACCAUCGGAGGGCACAUUCAGAGAUGAGUUUUAGAUUACCAGAAGACAUGACAUUGAUGAUGACGGAUCUCCAUCCCUCAGAUCAAAUCAAUGGCGGUAAUGGUAAUGGUAAUGGUGGGUCUUCAACAGGAAGCUUAGAAGAGAUCGGAUCAGAGGAUGAUUUGUUCUCUACCUACAUCGAUGUUGAUAAGCUAACUGGAGGCAAUAAUGGGAAUGGAACUGGAGUGGGAAAUCAUAAUGACAAUGAUAAUACCUUAAAUGGAGAGAAAGGUGGGGUUUCGAGUGCGGGUCCCGGUACUUCUAGGCCUAAGCAUAGGCAUAGUUAUUCGGUGGAUGGGAGUGUCUUUGGUGGGGGAGAGGUGAUGGAGGCUAAGAAAGCAAUGCCGCCUGAUAAGUUAGCCGAGCUUUGGUCUAUUGAUCCUAAAAGAGCUAAAAGGAUACUUGCAAAUAGGCAGUCUGCUGCUCGCUCUAAAGAGAGGAAGGCCCGAUACAUACUAGAACUUGAGCGCAAAGUUCAAACCCUCCAAACAGAAGCAACCACUCUUUCUGCACAACUAUCUCUAUUUCAGAGGGACACUACUGGUCUAAGCACAGAAAACACUGAGCUUAAGCUUCGGUUACAAGCUAUGGAGCAACAGGCCCAAUUGCGUGAUGCUCUGAAUGAAGCACUAAAGAAGGAAGUAGAGAGGCUCAAGAUUGCCACUGGGGAAAUGUUAAGCCCUUCCGAUUCAUACAACUUGGGAAUGCACCAAAUGCCCUUCACCCCGUCCAACUUUUUCCCACUUCCUUUGCAACCAGGAACUGCUGGUCACCCAAACAUGCAAUUACCUUCAUUUACUCAUUCUUCAUCUAGUAUGUCCACCCGUCAUAUACAUCAGGUUGAUUCUCAGAGUCUCUCAGACUAUAUACAGAAUGACCCUAUCAGACAGUUGCAGGGGCUUGAUAUCAGCAACAAAGGAUCAAAUAUUGUAAAGUCAGAAGGUCCCUCGCUUUCUGCAAGUGAAAAUAGCUCCACAUUUUGAGGCAAACUGGCUGCUGACUAGCUGACUUUUCCAUGGUGUGCCUGUGUGCUAGAUUGUUUAUAGACUGACAUCCAGUCACUUAGAGAAGGUUUCUAUUAUGAUUUCAUUAUUCAUUCCAUCCAUGCUGUGGGGUCAAUUCCUAAUUAUUUAUUCAUAGGGUUCUCCAGAAAGGGAAGCACCCUGGUUUUGAUGCAAUUUGUAAGGGUUCUUUGUUUAACAUGGGAUUUUGUGGUGAUAUAGAACUUAAUGGAAUGUAAGGUCAUUCCUAUAGGAUGUCAAGAUAUCAUGGGAUAUUAUGCUGUUGUUGUCCGAUUCUUUG